UGGUGGAGAGGGGUGGAGGACACUGAAUGGAGGCCAGUGGAGGGAUUGGCAGAGAGGGGUGGAGGACACUGAAUGGAGGUCAGUGGAGGGAUUGGCAGAGAGGGGUGGAGAACACUGAAUGGAGAGAUGGGUGGAAGACACUGAGUGGAGGCCAGUGGAGGGAUUGGCAGAGAGUGGCGUUAGAUACAGAACGGUUAGAAAGGUGAAUGAGUCUGGCAGCAGCAUUCAUGAUAAACUGAAGCGGGGAUAGCCUGCAAUGAGGUCGGCCAAUGAGGGAGAGUUACAGUAGUCAAGGCGUGAUAUAACAAGGGAGUGAAUGAGUUGCUUAGUGG